AUGGCGGCGUUACGAUAUGUUGGCGUGUGUAGAUGCGUAAACCUAGGACGGCGUUUUAAGCCUGUAUUGACGACCACUGGUUGUCUGCCUUCAAAGAAUGAGGUGCAAUAGUUAUUAUUUAUUUAAUUCCGCUUAAAUUUCAUUGGUGACAGACCUGUGUGCGUUAUUUUCUGCUCCAAGUUUGACGUUGCCUAGGGUUAGGGAUUGUUAGCGAAAUUUCAUCAACACUGCUGGAAAGGGCUUCCAAAAAAAGAGUAGAGUGGCCAACUUCAUCCGCGUUCCGUCGAAAACUAACGGAGAUGUCUUAGUCUACAAAUUUAUAAAAUUAUAUGUCUGUAUGGUGAAUUACACAAACGUACCACUGCCAUUAAAACACCUGCUCAAAUUAAGUGAUUAUUGCAUUGGUAUAUGUUCGACAUAUUAUUCUCAGCUGGCAAUUUUUUUAUGAUUCCAUGUUGCUCUUGGUAGUACUUCCUGUGGAUAUUUGUACUAGCUAGUCCAUCUCAAACUUGAAACACCACCAUCAAUCAGUCGUUGACUCAUCUUUGAUCUAUUACUUGUAACUUCUCAGGUAUUAGAAUUAACUGGUCAAACUUCACUUGUUGGACUUUUUCACCAACACAGGUAUGUGAUUUGAUGAAGUGGAGGAAUUUUGAGGCUGGAAUUAACACAUUUUUACUCCUUUCACCUGUUCACAAAUUACCUUUGUUUUAGAAAACAAUUUAAAGCAGUUUACGCUCUGUACUUGUGAAAUGGGAGACAAUCAGUCCGGUGGGGCACAUGUAAAUUGUGUUGAGAUCUUCUUGACUGUAGUCUCGGGGCAGCUAAGAUUGAUGAUAAAAAAAUUUUUGAUUUUUAAGCCAGAAAGUAAGUUUGCUUUCUUUGUUAUAGGGGAAAAGGAUUCUUGGGUAGUGAAAGGAUCUGUGGUGAGACUCUCAUUCAAUUGUAAAUGCAGUCAUUAUAUGCAUGUAAAUUGUAAGGAAUGCUUUAAUUUUUUUUAAGAAAAUGUCAUUAUCCUCAUCGGAAGGCAAGCCCUGUAACUUAUGACACUAGUCUGGCCCAAUGAUGUUCAUGUGUCAUACUUUGAUGCCCAAAAUGACUAGUGAUAACUGUUUUAUUCUCUUUCUUAAAGGUCUUGUAUUUCCUUGAAAAACACCAGGAGAAUUUAACAAUGCAUCAAAAGUCUUUAAGCCCCAUCUGAUGCAUCCUUUAGUUGUAUUACAUUAUUAAUGGACAGAUUAUCUCAAAAGUCACUGCUAUCCACUAACUUCUCUCUCAGGGAACAAGCAUCUUCAUUCCAAGCAGUUUUCAACUGAUUCUGGACAUGUGAGUAUUUCUCUAGGUACAAAAUACAUGCUCUCUUAGUUACUUUUAGUGGCUGAAAACUCAUCUUUGAACAUAAAUGUUAGGUUGAGUUUCUACCUGCAUCACAACACUUUAAGAUAGUUAAAUUAUUGUUUUUGUUGUCUCUUUCCAGUACAGUUCAAACCCUAAAAAGAAAACUCUGUACUCACUGAUUAACAUUAAAUACAAGGGAAGUGAUGAAGCUGUGUUAAGGAGUUACACUAAGUUUAUGACAAUGGCUGCAGAACAUCUAGACAUUGAUAUCUCUAACAGGUAUAUACUGCACAGAACAGGUACAUACUGUACAUAACAGAUAUUAUGUAAGGUAAUAAAUGUCACAAAUAUUAUGUAGGGCUGUUACAAAGACUUUGCCAAUUUCAGAUGCCUUAAAUUACAUACUUAUUGCAAAUAUCACAUUUUCAAUGCUUGACUUAAUGAUCACACCCCAAGUCAUGAAAAAAAUGGCUAUCAAUUCACAAGUCACAAAGACUUUGUGACUCACUUUGGCCGUAAAAUUAGCCAAGAAGUUAGCCACAAAACUAGAAACAUACAGAGGUGCCAAAUCAUGAAAAUUUAAAAUCUGGAAAUAUAUAUAUAUUGUUUUAUCAGAUCUGGGAGUAAAGAAUUGAAGGCUUCAUCAAAAUUUAUUCUAAUGCAGCUGUACUGUCAUGUAAAUGUUCAUCAGCAUGGAUAAUACCACUUGCAUAUAUGUUAACCAAAAAAACUUGAAUAGAAUGUGCCCAAAAUCGCAUGCAAUUGCAAAUAAAAACAAUCAUGGGAAUCAAUAAAUUACACGUUCGCGCAUAAGCUUGAUACAUCUACCUCAUAAGUACUACGAGGUAGUCCUUUUUUCCUAUUGUUGGCGGUUUAUCAUUCUUAAGAUAAGCAGUAUAAGUAGUCACUUAGGUGUAGAGGAAGAGUCCAGUCUGUCUUUCUCUUUGCUUUGCUGGCUAGUUAAAUAAUUUUGGGCAAAAUUUGCAUUUCUUGCAGAAUUUUACUACCAAUAGCAAUCGAAAGGCACACACUUUUGAAAUCACCACACAUUAACAAGAAGCACAGAGCACAGUACGAGGUUCGGACACAUGGGCGCAUGUUACAGGUUUGCAUUACUUCAUUAUCAACAAAUGGUAUUGUUAGUAUGUUGUCUUUAUCCUGUCACAUUCUCUUUUUCUGUCCCUCUGUGUGUUCUGAUUAUUUUAGUCUGUAGGUGUAGUGGAAAGUUGGUUCUAGUUUUCUUGCUGCCCUGAACACUUUUUUUUUUCUGUUAGCCUUCUCCACACUUGCUUUUAAUGAUUUGCUAGUGUUAUCACACAACAUCAAAUACGGGGAAAAUUGUGUGACAAGGAAAUGGUACUUGUGUUGAGGACCCGAUGCAAAGCAGUUGUGAUUGUUUUACUGUCGGUCUGACAGGUUAGGAAUGUAACCCAAGAAACAGCAGAUGUAUUCCUUGAGUACAUUCAGCGUAACAUACCAGAGGGAGUCAGUAUGAAGGUAGAGCAAACAGAGCUGGAAUCAAUCUCAGACUACUUUGAGCUGCCUCCUGAAGCACAAGAAUUCCUCAAACAACAGGAAGCAAUCAAAGGACAACAUAAUAAUUUUACUUCUGAUCACACCUCAUACUGAGAGCGACCACCAUUUUGUUGAAUAUUGUGUAUAGUUGUGAAGGAAAUCAGUUUAGAAUAUAACAGUAACCUAAAGAGCUGGGUGUCACAUACAACUAGCACUUUCUUAUAAAAUAUUUCUACCAUUAGUAGGAAGGUUGAAAUACUUGUGGCAUUACUGUGUUGUACUACAACCAAAGAUACUGUGGACAUUGAAAUCAAAAUGAUAUUUAGAGUUGAAGGC